AGCAGUGAAAUGUUUAGAAAUUAUUCUCGACCAUGUUUAUUUAUUUUUUUUAGAUAAAUUUCCCCAUUUCAUGAACACGUUGAAUAUUAAACUUUUUGGUUACGGGGCCUUAAAACUCCACAUCACUCAAUACUUGCUGUUUUCACGAGCGAAUUCAGGUUAUGACUGUUCGUUGUCAUGUUACUGAUGUUUCUUCGACAGCUGUCGAAGUUUCGAUUAGUUCGCUUUCUUACCACGAGACACCGCACUUGUCCGUUAAUGAGCACAAAGAACGAGCGAAAGACUCGAAUGUUCGAUAAAAUUUCAAAAAAGAAACAAAAAAAAACAAUUGAAAAAAUCUAGGUCAAAAAAGUUUUAUUCGGCAAUUUGACAGUGAUGGAUACAGAAGCUGCAGAGUACGUGGCUCCGUCACAACCACCAGAAAGUUAUAAUGGCGCGAAAAACGUUGAUUAUACAUGGUCACAAAGCAUAAGUGACGUUGAUGUUAUCGUAAAUAUUCCAGAAAAUAUAAAGACUUCAAAUGACCUCAGGGUUCGCGUCUCCUCCACAAGGAUUAAGGUCGAAAUUCGGAAAAAAGUAUUACCAAUAAAUCAACGCCAGGAUCGAAGCAGCGACGAUUCGGUGGCGCGUGAAAGUCCUGACGAGUGGACAGCCAUUUUUCAAGGUCAACUCAGCUUUCCGAUAAAAAAGAACGAGUCUAUUUGGUGUCUGACGAGCGGAAAGCGUGUCGAUAUUCACUUGGAAAAAUGCAAAGAAAUAUGGUGGCAAGCGCUGAUAGACGGCGAAAAAAAAAUUGAUCUCGCCAAGAUCGAUUGCUCGAGGGAUUUUGACGACUUGAGUGAACAAGAGCAAAUGAAGCUUAGCGAACUAAUGUGGAAAGAAAGAAUGAAAAUCCUAACGAAAAAUAAUCCAAGAAACUAACGUUUAUCAGGCCCAACGUGGUAUAAUUUUCCAUUUCUGUAAUUACGAUCCAAAAUAAACAAAUUGGAAUAGA